AGCCCUGUACGUCAUCGAAAUUAGAAAAUGAGUAUCUCUGCUUACGUUUCAGACCAUUGCUUGCUAGCUGCAUAGCUAUCAGUCUAUUUUUCUGGUUAUGUCGAUUAGUAUAAUUGUUGAGGAAUAUAUAACAUUAUAUGCAUUAACUAUUAGCGGUGGAGCUACUAUGUCAACUGGACAUGAUUAGUUGUCUGCUAUCAAGUGUGAUAACCGUGAAGACUCACGUUAGCUACAGUGAAGGUACCGUAGCAACGACGGACGCUUGUUUGACUAGAGAGUGAGUGCCUAGUACCUAUUUUCUGAAGACUUCACAUUAGCCACCACAAUGAGAUUAAAGACAUCAUUACUCAAGGAACCAAAACAUAAAGAGCUUGUGAGCUGUGUGGGCUGGACCACUGCAGACGAGCUGUACUCAUGCAGUGAGGACCACCAGAUCCUGAGAUGGAACCUGCUGACCAGUGAGACCAGCCUGGUGGUGAAGCUGCAGGAGGACCUCUUCCCUAUCGACCUGCACUGGUUCCCCAAGACGGUGGGAGGCAAGAAGCAGGCCCAGGCUGAGAUCUUUGUGCUCACCAGCACUGAUGGCAAGUUCCACCUGGCCUCUAAGAUGGGCCGUAUUGAGAAGAGUGUGGAGGCCCACAAAGGAGCUGUAUUAGCCGGGAGAUGGAACUACGACGGGACCGCUCUCAUCACAGCUGGGGAGGAUGGACAGAUCAAGAUCUGGUCUAAGAGUGGCAUGCUGAGGUCCACCUUGGCCCAGCAAGGGUCUCCUGUGUACUCAGUGGCCUGGGGCCCGGACUCUGAUAGGAUCCUGUACACGUCAGGCAGACUGCUGAUAAUCAAGCCCCUGCAACCUAGCGCCAAGCUCCUACAGUGGAAGGCCCAUGAUGGGAUCAUUCUGAAGGUGGACUGGAACUCUGUGAAUGACCUGAUACUGUCAAGUGGAGAGGACUGUAAAUACAAGGUGUGGGACAGCUAUGGUCGUCUGCUAUACACGUCCUCGUCACAUGACUACCCUGUGACCUCGGUGUCCUGGUCUCCGGAUGGGGAGGUGUUUGCCGUGGGCUCCUUCAACACCCUGCGCCUCUGUGACAAGACCGGGUGGUCGUAUGCGUUGGAGAAGCCUAACACUGGCAGUGUGUUCAGCCUGGCCUGGUCGGCAGACGGCACGCAGCUCGCGGGGGCUUGUGGGAACGGACACGUCAUCUUCGCCCACGUGGUGGAGCAGCGCUGGGAGUGGAGGAGCUUUGAGAUCACCCUCACCAAGAGGAGGACCAUGCAGGUGAGGAACGUGGUGAAUGAUGCGGGGGAUGUUCUGGAGUUCAGGGACCGGGUCAUCAAAGCCUCUCUGGCCCACGGUCACCUAGUGGUCACCACCUCUCUCCAGUGCUACGUCUACAGUGCUACGAACUGGAACACCCCUCUCAUCUUUGACCUGAAGGAGGGGACUGUCAGCCUCAUUGUACAGGCUGAGAAACACUUCCUGUUGGUGGAUGGGACGGGGGUGUAUGUGUUCUCCUAUGAGGGCCGUCUCAUCUCCACGCCCAGAUUCCCCGGCAUGAGAACGGACAUCCUCAACGCCCAGUCCGUUUCCCUUAGCAACGACACCAUCGCCAUCCGGGACAAGAGCGAUGAGAAGGUCAUCUUCCUGUUUGAUGCCCUGACGGGGAAAGCCCUGGGUGACGGGAAGCCCCUGACUCACAAGAUGGAAGUGGUGGAGAUAGCGCUGGACCAGUGUGGCCCGUCCAGCGAGAGGAAGAUCGCGGUCAUAGACAAGAACCGUGACCUGUAUCUGACCGCUGUCCAUCGCCUCUACAGAGAACACAACAUCUGCAAGAUAGGUACUAUGGUCCACACUAUGGCCUGGAACGACUCAUCUAACAUCCUGUGUGGUAUUCAGGACACACAGUUCACCGUGUGGCACUAUCCCAGUGCUGUCUUCACUGACAAGGACCUGCUGCCUAAAACACUCUACAUGAAGGACGCCAGUGAGUUCAGCCGUGCGCCCCACAUCCUGAACUACGUGGGGACCCAGGUGACGGUGCGUCGCGGUGACGGCUCGUUGGUGUACAGCAGCGUGUCUCCCUACCCUGCCCUGCUGCACGAGUACAGCGCCUCCUCUCGCUGGGAGGACGCACUGCGCCUCUGCCGCUUUGCCAAGGACCAGUCACUGUGGGCGUGUCUCGCUGGCAUGGCAAUGGCCAAUAGGGAGUUGACGACAGCAGAGGUGGCCUACGCUGCCAUUGGAGAGGUGGAUAAGGUGCAGUAUAUUAACUCUAUAAAGGAUCUGCCAUCUAAGGAAUCUUCAGUGGCCCACAUGUUACUGUUCAGUGGUCAUGUCCAGGAGGCUGAGGCCACUCUGCUACAGGCUGGCCUGGUCUACCAAACCAUACAGGUCCACAUCAACCUCUACAACUGGGACAGGGCGUUGGAGCUGGCAGUAAAACAUAAGACCCAUGUGGACACAGUGCUGGCCUACAGACUCAAGUUCCUGCAGGACUUUAGCAAGAAAGAGACCAACAAGAGGUUCAUGCAGUACGCUGACGGGGUGGAGGUGGACUGGGAGAAGAUCCAGGCAAAGGUAGAGAUGGAGCUGGUUAAGGAGAGAGAGAAGGCUGCCACCACCUCUGUCAGGAGCAGCCUGGCCUCCCGACGCUGACCCUCAACCCUACACCUCUGACUUCAUCCAGGGACCAAAUGUACAUAAUAUUUUCAAAUGGUCAUUUAUCAAACAUGGUUGGUGUUAUUUUUGUGUUUGUGUUUUUGUAUAUCGAUAUUUAUUUUCUUCAAUUAACUUACAUGCCUUAUUCUCUGAGAAUGUACAUAUGUAGACGUUUAAUAAAUACAUAUUUAUCAGA